AUGCACCACAUCGCCAUGACUCUGUUGGCAUCCCUCGCGGGCUCUGCCUUGGCUCUCCCUGGCCGCCACAGUCCCGCUCCCAUUCCCAGCGGAACCCCGAGUCCUUCUGUCCCCCAGUCGACUCUCUCCCACUCUGCGCCCUCCCACUCUGCCUCUACCCUGGUUCCGAGCCCGAACCCGAGCCACAACGGCACCGUGACCACCCACUUGCCUUCCACCACGGGAAACCCCCAUAGCACCGGAUCCACGGUCACCGAGACCGGCUCCGUGUCCACCAUCACCUCCACCAUCACCCGGACCAGCUUCGAGCCCUGCUCGACCGCCGUCAGCACCGGAGAUGGCACCACCUACUACAGCACCUGGCUCACCACCUCGGUGUAUGAGACCACCACCUGCUUCACCACCACCUUCGACUCCACCCCUCUGACAACUAUCACCCAUCUCCCCGGUACGGCCGAUACCACCGUCCCCACGGCGCUUCCCGGCGGACACGGCGGACACGGCGGCCACGGCGGGUCGGGCGGAUCGAACUGCCCGGCUCCUGUGACGGUGACAGUGACCGAGACCGUCAAGGAGGGCUCGGGAUCCGUGCCCACCGUGCAUCCCGGCAAGCCCUGCGCCCGCUGCGAGACCAUCACCUAUACCAACACCGAGGGACACACUAAGACCAUUGUCAUCCCCCCGUCGGGCGAGCCCACCGCGGAGCCCACCGGCGAGAAGCCCGGUCACUCCACUGCGACGGCGACGGCCACCGAGUCGGACUCGCAGUCGGCCACCACCACCGCUAAGCCCACCUUCACGCACACCCAGCCUGCUGGCAAUGGCACCCAUCCCAUUCACACCAAGCCCGCCAGCAGCCCCGUGGCGAGCGGCAGUGCGCAGCCGUCGGCCACCCCCUCCAUCCUCCGUCGCGUUGCCUGGAAGCCCCUUUACUAG